UCCAGCCUAAAUUCAACGCAAAAAUUGGAAAAAGUUCCCACGCUCUGGUUUCACUUUUUCUUCUGUCACUUUUCUUGGGAAAAUAAUGUCUCAUUCGAUGGGAAAGUGCCAGAAAAUUCGUCGAAUUGUCCGCAUCCGACAAAUGCUGAAGCAGUGGCGAAGAAAAGCCAGCAUAACGGCCAGCAACAACACCAUCGGCAACAACAACAACAACGGAGAUGCGCCGUCCGAUGUUCCUGCUGGACACGUGGCUGUCUGUGUGGGCACAAGUCUCAGGAGAUUUAUCGUACGCGCGACGUACCUAAACCACCCAGUCUUCAAAAAACUCCUCGUACAAACCGAAGAAGAGUAUGGUUUCAAAAACAUGGGACCAUUAAUCAUCCCAUGCGACGAGUCGUUCUUCGAAGAGAUUCUCCGAGUCGUAUCCCGAUCUGAUGCUUCAUCAAACUCGGGUCCUUUCUCUACUUUCAAAGAUCUUCAGAGAUGCUGCCACGUGGGCAUGAAGGAUAAACUGGGGUUUUUCAACGAGUCUCGACCGUUGCUUCAUGGGGUAUCCGACAAAUCCGUUUACUGAUAGUAUGAAGACCUGACAGCUAUAUUAUGAUUUCCUUGAGUGAUUAAUGGGUAAUUUCUAAGUAAGCUUUUCUAACGAAUGGGCAAAAGAGAAAAAGGAGAGUAAGCUUCUCUAACGCCAUAAUUAUAGAGUUUAAUUAUGGAGAUGGCGAAAAGGUUUGUUUUUGUCUUCUUACUUUUUUACCGCGUCAUCCCCAACCCUAGUGCAGUAGUAUAAAUAUAAUGGUUUUCAGUUUUAUAUGGGUGUGAUUAUAUCUCCAUAACUUACUGAAACCCUAUGAAAUCUUGUAUAACAUUUGCAUCUGAAAUAAUAUAAAUGUGAAGUUCUCUA